GGGGGGGGAGGGGCUCGGUGCAUCGCCUCUGGUCCUCCGACUGCAGCGACCCCUGUCUAUUGAAGACCGCGGUGCAGCGUCUCUGGUCCUCCGACUGCAGCGCCUUCCUUGCGGCGGGAGGUCAUUGGUGCAAUUAUUCACCUUCCCCACGGACGCUGCCCGACCCGCUGAGUUACUGCAGCACUCUGGCCUUCUUCCCAUGAUACAUGUGGCCUCCCAGGUGACUCAGCGCCAAUCAAUGGCAGUCCCCCUCGGAUUGGGGGUGACGUCUGGGCGCCGGUCGUGCUGUCUGGCGGACGGGGGGGGGGGUUCGACGCGGUGCCCGGAUGCUCGGCACCCCCAGGAUUUAGGAGCCGUUGCUGUGGACGAAGAGACAGGGACGUGAGCGGCCUUUGAGGGCGGCCAGAGUGCCAGUGAGCCCCCCCCCCCCAUAUCUGCUCGGUGAGCGGGCUGAGCUUCGAGGGGCUGAGCUUCGUUGGAGGACCACAUGAUGGGGCACAGCAAGGCGAAGCGUUAUAAGUGCGAUGUGUGUGGCAAGGCCUGGCAUCGCCCGAGCGACCUGGAGACCCACCAGCGGGUUCACACGGGAGAACGCCCCUUCGACUGCACGGGGUGCAACAAGAGCUUCAAGACGGCGCGGGACCUGAAGAUCCACCGGCGGGUGCACACGGGCGAGAAGCCCUAUGGCUGCUCCACCUGCAGCAAGAGCUUUACCUGUUUGUCGGGGCUGCUGCAGCACCGGCCGGUGCACAGCAGUGAGCGGCCCUUCACCUGCUCCGACUGCGGCAAAGGCUUCAAGUCGUCCAGCACCCUGAAGGUGCACAGGCACCUGCACACUGGGGUGCGGCCCUACACCUGCAGCGAC